ACAAUAAAGUUACAUUCAACUUAACAUUUGACAAAGAUGUAAGUCUGGAAAUUCAUAUGAUCCUAUAGCAAUAGCUCCUUGCUUGCUUCUUGGAAUUCCUAAUUUUCGGAGGACAUUCAACAAUGAACCUUGAGUUGCUACAAUCAUUCGGCCCAAGUUACCCAGAGGAAUAUGAUGGAACAUUAGACUGUGUUAGUGUUGCAAUUACAUGUUCAUUCAACCGUCGUGGCACAUUGCUUGCUGUUGGAUGUAAUGAUGGCCGCAUUGUUAUUUGGGAUUUCUUAACAAGAGGAAUAAGUAAAAUUAUUAGUGCUCAUGUUCAUCCAGUUUGUUCUGUAAGCUGGAGUCGUAAUGGUUACAAAUUACUAAGUGCAUCAAGUGACUGGUGUGUUGCAGUAUGGGAUGUUCUUACUGGGGAAUGUGAUGACAAAUACAGAUUUCCAUCAGUUGUUAUAAAAGUACAAUUUCAUCCACGAGACAACACUAAAUUUCUGGUAUGUCCCAUGAAGCAGGCUCCCGUAUUUGUUCAUAUUAAGCAUGGUCACAAAGUCUUACCCACAGCUGGGGAGUCGGAACAAAAUGUCGUCGCUUCGUUUGAUAGAAAGGGAGAACAUAUUUACAUUGGCAAUGCAAAGGGCAAGGUGAUAGUGGUUGACACAGAGUCACUUGAGGAAGUGACAAGCUUCAAGAUCUCUAGUGGCACAAGUGCUAAUGUGGCCAUUAAAUCCAUAGAAUUCUCUCGGAGAGGCAGUGCUUUUCUUGUAAACUCAUCUGAUCGUAUCAUUCGUGUGUUCGAUGGUCAAAUUAUCCUCGCUUGCAAAGGUCAGAAUGCCGAGCCUGAACCAAUUCAAAAACUACAGGAUCUUGUGAACAGAACAUUAUGGAAAAAGUGUUGUUUCUCUGGCGAUGGAGAGUAUAUUGUUGCAGGUUCCUCCAGACAGCAUUCCCUUUAUAUCUGGGAGAAAGGUGUCGGAAAUCUGGUGAAAAUAUUGCAUGGCACUAAAGGAGAAUUACCCCUGGAUGUUGUGUGGCAUCCUGUUCGACCAAUCAUUGCUUCUAUUGCCAGCGGGGUUGUCUCAGUUUGGGCGCAAAACCACGUGGAAAACUGGAGUGCCUUCGCCCCUGAUUUCAAAGAACUAGAAGAAAACGUCGAAUAUGAGGAACAUGAAAGUGAAUUCGAUAUCGAAGACGAAGAUAAAGAGGAAGAGAUCAACUCAGGUAGUGAAUGUGGAGACGACGUCGAAGUUGAUGUCUGCGCCAUCGAGAGGAUACCAGCAUUGUGUAGCAGUGAUGAGGAAAAUGAUGAAGAUCAGAACGGUUUGUAUUAUCUUCCAGCAGCACCGGAAGUUGACGAUCCCGAGGAGGCAUGGAACCCAGAUGCUCAAAAGUAUGAUCUAAAGACAGGCCCUAGUCAUAAAUUGCCAGUAAAUAUUCAACCGGAACCUCCAGCUAAAAAGCCAAAAGUCAUUGAAGUGGAUUACAGCAAAGAAUCAGUAAACACGGAGUCUGAACUAGAGACAAGUGAAGCUAAAAGCGGGAAUAAUGAAGAAGGAAAGGAGACAGGCACGGAGGCAAGUGACAGUACAGAAGCAAAGACUGAGGACGAGACCCGCGAAGAAAAACCAUCCAGCACGAGCACAUUGACUUUAGAAACUACGGAUACCACUACUGUAACAGAAACAAGCGAGAGCGCACAAAGUGAUGAUAAAAGCUAGUGGCCCAUGCAUAUAAACUCUGGUAUACAUAGUAAAGCAUUUAGUAUUAUAGCAGUACUAUAGUAGCAAGAACGUGGCAAACAUGCAUGCAAUGCAUCGUCACCGUUUAAACGUGUAUAUUUAUGCAAGCUUUUUCUGUGUUAUCUAAAUCAGUCAUUGGACAGAACAAAAAGUUAGACUCUCUCGUCCUUUAAAUAUCUAUUUGUUUCUGAAACCCAUGCAGUGCUAUUUGAUGAAAAAUGUUUGGUCGAUGGUAACGCGCGAUGUCGGAUAAUCAAGCACUAGCUUAUAUAUUAUAUAGUACUUCGAAUGAACCUUGAAAUGUCGUAAAAAGUUUCUUAAACAAUUAAUAUUGCAGUACAGAAAGUCAUUCAAGACAUAUCUGCAUGUGCAUGUUGGAUAAAGGAGUAAUAAAACUUUUAAAUAAAAAAAUAGGUUUAGGGUAUGGACCAUCAUUAUAUGCUAGACAGCAAAUACGCAUGUGAAAAUGGCAAGAAUGUAAACAUCCAGUAUUUUAUUUCAUGGAAUUGCAUGAAAUUACUUUAAAUCCAAAAUGUUCAUUCGCUUUAUUAUUUAAUAAAAUU